AUCCAAUCCAAUUUUUGGUCCUUUUAUUUCCGAAAAUACCGGACUGGAACCAGAUCAAUUUGGUCCAAUUUAACUGGACCGGACCGUAUAGCCACAUUAUUAUGUCCAACUAUAGCGGUCAUGUGUAAAUUUGGGUCAACUAUAGAUGAGUAGAAAUAUGAAUGAUGAGUAGUAAUCUUAAUACGAGAGAUAUAUUGUUUAGGUGUUAGAUAUUGAUUAUUGUACGAUUAUGUUGACAAACUUUUCACAUGUUCGGAGCUUGCAUUUAUUUGUAUAUCAUGAAAUUUAUAGUUUAGAGGCUACAAACAUUAUUUGGUUGUUGUAACUUGUAAAGAUAGAGAUGUAAUUUAUGUCAAUAACAUUAGUUGAUGAGCAAGCACACCACAUUCUUCUUUACUCCAAGAAAAGAUAAUCUAGUGAUGUACAAGUUCAUGAAUAUGCUCAAAGGCUCUUGACUCGAGUUUGUCAUUGAUUCUUAUCGAUUUUGUUCAAUGUUAGUGAACCCACAUACGUGAUUGGGAGAAUCAAGCUAUGUCAAACGAUACAGAGGCCAUGAACACCAACUUGUACCCUUAGUGUUACCCGGAGCUUUGCCAGAACAACCAUAAACCACGACUCCUAAUCUCGAUCAUCUCCUCUAUCUCAACAGUAUUAACCUUGAAUAUCUUGGCCUUAAGCCCCAACCUAGAACAUUUGGCCUCAAUUCUCGAUCGCAUUUUCGUCAACAAUUUCAACCAUACAAAUCCAAGUAUACACCCCUAGUUAGGCCACUACUCAACACCCUCAUCGGCUACAAUACUACUCGACUCCCUCUCGCUAACACAACGAAUGUGCAACGUCGAAUGGAACGUAUUCGACUUCUUUGCAAAUCUUCAUUGGAUCCUUUGAGCACGUAACUUGCUUCACGUAAUCAUUUCAAAUACACUAAAUUCUACGUUCCCAUCCAACCCACAAUCUAGGACUUGCUGUUUUAGUUGACAAACUCAAUAGUGUCCUUCAACGAUAUGCCUUACUGCAAAUUGAACACGUCCCAACUUCCAAGUGGGAAAUUUCAAGCCGACAAGAAUCCAGGAAAGCCAAAGUCUUUUUGGCUUCCCACCAGCAACGAAACCGUCCAGGUUAACUAACAAACCACCGUCGCAGAAAGAAGGAUAUGAAAGAACAAAAACCCAUUUCCUUAGUUAUAAGAUCCUGUCGUGUGCUUCACCUUUCCCCUUGAUUUUUCCAAGUUUCUUCUGGGACCAGGUUGGAGAAUUCUCCACCUCAGAAAUUUUGCUUGGUGAGGAGUCGUCUCACGCCUCCUCUCGCCAGCACAUACCCUUCUUGACUCUUUCUCUCUGCUCGCCCUCUGUUUCCCUCUCUACCUUCAAUUCCACGCCUUUAUUUACGCCCAUCCCUGAUCCCUCCCUGUUCCCAGAUUCUGCAAUCUCCACAUAGAUUCCUUCCUCCCUUUUUAGUAUCUUCAACGACCUUUCUCGGCCUUCUUGGUCUGUCAGAAUCCAGCAGAAAAGUAGCAAUCUUUGAUCUGGGUUUUCUGAGAACUUCUGGAUCCAAGAGAAUGGUUGGGGGAGCAGCAGCAGCUUUGCCGAUGGUGGGUUCGUCGGUGAUGGAUUCCCACACCACUCCUUGCCUGUGCUUAGAUUCCCUCCCUGAUUUGGCGAUUCCGAGGAGUUCUUCCAUGAAGAAGAAGCAGCAAUUGGCCGGAAGGACGGUGGAACUAGGGAGCUCUUUUGCCAUUUCCGGGAUUUGUAGCAGAAGCAGAAGUAUGGCGAGGAAGCAGCAGAGGAAAGACCAAGGGAAACUUGUAGUCGUGGCAGAGCUCGGCGGCCAGUAUGAAGACAGCUUCGAGGACGUUAAAACGCAAAUAAUGAACUACUUCACGUACAAGGCAGUGAGGACGGUUAUGAACCAGCUGUAUGAGAUGAAUCCAACUCAUUACCGAUGGUUUUACGAUUUUGUGGUCACGAACAAGCCUGGAACUGGGAAGCAUUUCAUCCGUACCUUAGCCAAAGAGAGGCAGGACCUUGCUGAGAGGGUAAUGGUGACGAGGCUUCACCUGUAUGGAAAAUGGAUUAAGAAAUGCAACCAUGCAGAGAUGUACCAAGAGAUUUCAGACGAGAACUUAGCGCUAAUGCGUGAACGGCUCCUGGAGACUGUGAUAUGGCCAUCGGACGAUACCAACACGGAGAAGAUUGGCUGAAUCGAGUAGCUGCUGCUGGAAGAGAUCUACACCGGAAAAGGAUAAAAGGGAAUUCCAGAUGAAUUUUGCUUUGCUUCUUCUUUGUCACUUCGUAGCUCAGGGACUUCAGACUCGUCAAUGGAAUUUAUUGGCUUUCCUUGGUUGAUCUUUAUAUAUGAUCCAAGGUGAAAAGAAACUGUCACAAAAAAAGAAGAUAUUAUGUAGCUUGUAUAAUGUAAGAACCUUCUGUGUAUAUAAUGAUACAAGUCAAGCAUCAAUCAUUGGUGAGAUGGUUACCUUUCUUUCCAAGCAAAGAUGUGGCAAUCUCUUAUGAAGCAGAGCUGUAAAGGGGAAGAGACCCGCAAUAAGUACAAUGCCCUGCUUCGCACAUAUAGCAUGUACCAAAGUUAAUCUCUGAUUAUUGUUGAUAAUGAAUGCUUUUGAUUUGAUCCACGGCUCCGACACAACCCUGUGUACUAUAAACUACAACACUAGGGAACAUAUGCAGCAACUAGUAGGAAAAUAUGCAAGAGAAAUCCUGAAAUUUUGCAUCAACUUUCUCUAAGCAAGCAUUUUACAGUGCCAUGCAAACUGAUGGCAGAUAAUGUACAAAAUACAACAGGAAUCCUCUGACAUAGUCUACUGAAUGAUGUUACAGCCAUUUGUAUGCACAAUUUGAUGUUUCAAGGGAACACUCUUGACAGUUGAACCAUCCCACAAAGUUAUAAAGGCAUCUCCUCUCACACUGCUGUAAUUGUCAAAACAGAAUGCUCUAGAGCAGUGUGGUCUGCACCUACAAAAAGCAAGAAACAGGAUCAUGCAAAUAGUUCUUCAGAUAGACAGUCACGACGAAAAGAGAAGAGAAGAUCAAGGCAUGAAUCUGGUAUUUUUCCACUUCAUCACAAUUUUUCUAGAGAGAACAACUCUACAGUUGUAUAAGUAUGACACUAACCAUGACAAAUUUCCAACAGAGAGUAUAUACUUUGGGCUUGCUUACAUUGGUAAGUGUGGAAAGUUUGGAUGAACCCUUUUUUAGGUGUUAUGGGUCACCAUACCAGAUGGUUGAAGAUGAUGGCCACAUAAACCCUUGUGUUUUGUUCAUCCAAAAUGUGGGCAGUCCACAAAAACGCACAAGAAAGAAAACUUCAACUA